AUGUCCUCCACCAAGCGAAUCGAAGAGUGGGAAGUAUCUCGCUACUGGGAGAUCUUCUCAACCCUCUCCAACGGCGGUACACAUCUCGACGGCAACCAAGCAGCUUCAGUGCUGAAGAACUCUCAACUCCGCGAUGACCAGCUCGAACGGAUAUGGGACCUCGCAGACGUCGACGGCGACGGACGCCUCGACUUCGAGGAGUUCUGCGUAGCAAUGCGCCUAAUCUACGAUCUCAUGAACGGCGAAUACAUGGACGUGCCACAAACUCUCCCCGACUGGAUGGUGCCCGAAAGCAAAGCAUACCUCGUGCAAGCCUCACGCGCAGUAAGCGGCGGAGGAGAACGAUUCGUGCAGCCAGAUUACGAUGACGAUGAGGACUCAUCCGGCCUCAAGGACGGAUUCGACUGGUACAUGGCGCCUACGAACCGCUCAAAAUACGAAGAAAUCUACACAUCCUCCCGCAAUCCCCGCAAUGGCCUCAUCUCCUUCGAAGCAUUAUCGGAGCUGUACGAUUCCCUAGACGUCCCCGACACAGAUGUGCGCUCAGCCUGGAACCUCGUGAACCCGAAGAGUGAGGAAGGGAUCAACAAAGACGCCUGCCUUGCCUUCCUACAUAUCCUCAACAACCGCCACGAAGGCUACAGAAUACCGCGAUCGGUACCACCAAGUUUGCGAGCGACGUUCGAGCAGGGCAAGAUAGAGUACAACAUCGAUCGCGUCAAUGCGCAGCAGACAGCAGCAGAUCGAUGGGGCACGAAGCGGGAUGACAAUACAUUGAGUGGGAAGAAGGCAAAGUUUGGGGAUUCAUAUUUGAGUAGACUGGGCGUAGGGGAGCGGAAACCGAAGGGUACAGACUUUACCUCAACGCCAAGGGACGGUGAGUGGGAAGAGGUGAGGUUAAAGAAGCAGCUGAAGGAUUUGGAGGAGAAGAUGGCCAAAGUGGAGGAGCACGCGCAGAAAAGACGAUCACGCGGAGGCAGGAGGGAGGAUUCCAAGCCUGCAUUGGUCAAACGGGAACUGGAGCAGUUGCUGGAUUACAAGAGGCGGGAGCUUAGGGACAUGGAGAACGGAGAGGGCAAGGCGAAGACGGGGCAGAGUCUGAAGCAGUACCAGGACGAGAUCUCGAUGGUGAAGGAGCAGGUCGAUGGGCUGCAGGACCACCUCAAGAGGAGGGAGGAAGUGCUGCAAGGGUUGAGAGACCAGAUUGAGGCGGAGAAGGUGGGUAGGUGA